AUGCCUCUAGACUUCAGCUACCUCAGUUUUCAGAAAGCCAGAGAUCGUGACCGGGAGUACUGGCGCAUGCGUCUCACUCUCUAUAGUGUCCGCAAAGACUUGUUGAAUCUGCGGGUGAGAAGUUGGGGGCCCCAGAAGAGGCCAUACGACGACGAGGAUCGCCAGACAAUCAUAAACCGUGUCGCUGUGUGA